AUGACCACUCGUUAUCGCGUUGAAUAUGCUCUCAAGACCCAUCGGCGGGAUCAACUGAUUGAAUGGAUCAAGGGUCUGUUGGCCGUUCCCUUUGUGCUGCAUUCCCAGCCGACGGUGAUCUACCAGGAACAUAGCGAGGGGCUCAAGCGUGUCGCCGCAGACACCCACCAGCGCUAUGCCGAGAUCAUGCGUGAUGUCGAGAAUCUGAUCAACGAUCACAUUCAACAUCACCAACGAGAUGCCCCCGGCAAAUCCAAACUCAAACUGCUGGUGCCUACCGUUGGCUACUUUUUUACUCGGCUGCACUUGGAGGAUGCCUUCAAUUACCAGGACGAACACCGAUUUAUCAGCCGGCGAAGAUUCGUCGCCCCUUCCUUCAACGAUAUCCGACUCAUCUUGAACUCCGCCCAGCUACUGGGCCUGGUUCGCUCCAGUGAGGUCGAACUCGUCACUUUUGAUGGAGAUGUGACGCUUUACGAUGACGGUGCUUGCUUGAAUCCAGACAAUCCCGUCAUCCCGCGAAUCUUGCGUCUGCUAGAGCGGGGGUGCAAGGUCGGCAUCGUCACCGCCGCCGGAUAUGAAGAAGCACCCAAGUACUAUGGCCGUCUGCAGGGCCUCCUCGAUGCCGUACACGACUCCAAGACAUUGACUCCGUCCCAGAAGGAGGGAAUCAUCGUGAUGGGCGGUGAAAGCAAUUUCUUGUUCCGUUUCGAUCAGGACUCGGAGUCCCGAUUGACCUACGUGUCCCGCAAGGAAUGGCUGCUGGAUGAGAUGCGCGCAUGGCGCGACGAUGACAUCAAACAGUUGCUGGAUAUUGCCGAGGACUCUCUACGAGCAUGUGCGUCUAACCUUGGGCUGCCGGCUGCCGUGCUCCGCAAGGACCGAGCAGUCGGUGUAUAUCCCGUAAACGGUGUUCGCAUCGAUCGCGAGCUGUUGGAAGAGACCGUGCUGGUUGUUCAGAACACGGUUGAACGGUCAACUGUUGGUUCACGUCUUCCUUUCUGUGCAUUCAAUGGUGGAAACGACGUUUUUGUCGAUAUUGGGGACAAGUCGUGGGGGGUUCGGGCGUGUCAACAAUACUUUGGCGGCAUUGACCCGUCGAAAACCCUGCAUAUUGGUGAUCAAUUCUUGUCCGCCGGGGCGAACGACUUCAAGGCUCGCCUGGCUUCCACGACUGCUUGGAUUGCCAGCCCCGCAGAGACUGUCGAGCUCUUGGAUGAGCUGGAAGCAGCGGUCAGCAAGUGA